CCUGCCGCUCCCCUCCCACUCGCCCCCUUCCCUCGCAGGAGCCUUCCGCGCCUAGUUUAAUGGUUUGCAAAGAAAGCCAGGCAGAAGAACACUUCCCUCGGUGGCGGUGGUCAGACCAUGACCUAACUCACCAUGAACUUGGAAGGGCUUGAAAUGAUAGCGGUGUUGAUCGUGAUUGUGCUUUUUGUAAAAGUGUUGGAACAGUUUGGGCUGAUUGAAGCAGGUUUAGAAGACACUGUAGAAGAUGAAAUGGAAAUGGCCACAGUACGACAUAGACCUGAAGCUCUUGAACUGCUGGAAGCACAGAGUAAAUUCACAAAGAAGGAACUUCAGAUCUUAUAUAGAGGUUUCAAGAAUGAAUGCCCCAGUGGUGUUGUCAAUGAAGAAACCUUCAAAGAGAUUUACUCUCAGUUCUUUCCACAGGGAGAUUCCACAACAUAUGCACAUUUUCUGUUUAAUGCAUUUGACACUGAUCACAAUGGAUCUGUAAGUUUUGAGGAUUUUGUUAUGGGUCUCUCAAUUUUACUCCGAGGGACAGUACAGGAGAAACUGAACUGGGCUUUCAACUUGUAUGAUAUAAAUAAGGAUGGAUAUAUAACUAAAGAGGAAAUGCUUGAUAUCAUGAAAGCAAUAUACGAUAUGAUGGGGAAAUGCACCUAUCCUGUUCUCAAAGAAGACGCACCGAGACAACACGUGGAAACAUUUUUCCAGAAAAUGGACAAGAACAAAGAUGGAGUAGUUACCAUAGAUGAAUUCAUUGAGAGCUGCCAGAAAGAUGAGAAUAUAAUGCGAUCCAUGCAGCUCUUUGAAAAUGUGAUUUAAUGAAGACUUUAGGUCUACAACUAAUGGACAAAUAUGAACUAUUCUGCAACAUUAUCUAAAAAAAUGGAUUUCCCACUUUAUCAUAAAUAAAGUUACUCAGCUUUACACUGAGAAAUGUAUUAUGCAAGUAAAUUUUUUAUUAUAAACCCUUCCCAACAAAAAACCCUUUCUAAAUUAUACUAUCUAGCACUUCCACAGUGGCUAUUUAAUUAAUAGGACUGUACUGAAAAAUCAGGUUCUUACUACAAACUCAAAAAACAAAAAAUACAACUGACAUUAUGCACCUUUAUUACCAUUCCAACCCCUAGUUAAAAAAGAUACAAUAACACAGAGAAUAAAUAAAUAUUCUUAGUUUUGCUACUCAUUUGUACUGGACUAAGCUCCAGGUGUUAAAAUGUACUUCUUAAAUCUCUAGCUUCUAAUUUAUACAGAGGCAUUACAAUUUAUUUUCUUCUCAUAUUUCUAUAGUGUAGUCAUUAUUUUUGAAUAAUAUUUUGAGUUAAAAUGCUAUAAUAAAUGUGCAAUGCACACCUUGCUAUAAUUGCCUUCCAACUUUGACUUGUUUUUCUCUUCAGAAAAAACCGCCAAAACCCAAACAUAACUAAACAGGUAACUUGAGAGCAAGAACUGUUAUAAAACAAAACAAACAAACAACCAAACAAAUUGCUUAUGGAUAUUCUUAUUCCCUAAAAAAUAUGAGUAAGCUUCUCUCAAUCUCACCUAAGUCUGCACUUAAUUUAUUAUGACAUGAAUAUCAGAAAUCCUACAUACUGUAUUUUUAAUUCUUCUUGGAUGUGAAUGAGAAAUUCUUUGCUUAAAAUUAAGGAUCUUCUGACUUCCAAUAUUUCAUGAAGAAACCU